AUGAAGAGCAAUGCCGAGGAAGACAGUGAUGAGGAGAGUGAGAUGGUGGAGGAGGAGGAGGAGGAUGAAGAUGAGGACAGUGAGGAAGACCCUAAGAAAAAGAAAGGGAAGGACAAAAAGGAGGCCUCCAAAGCCAUGGCUGGUGCCUCCCACCUGGUGAUGGGGCUGGCGGGCAAUGAUGCCAAGAAGAAGAAGGGGGCAAAGAAGGAGCAUGCCAAGGCUCAGCUGAAAGGGGCUACCAAGGCUAUGGCUGGUCUAGCUAGGAAGGAAGUGGCACCGCCCAAGUCCAAAAUGAAGAAGAGCCUGAAGAGCGCAUCCGAGCUCUUCAUGGGCUUCAAGAGGCUAGGCCUGAAGCGCUCUAAGAAGGGCCAGUUCAAGAACACCUCCCGGUUUUUCUGGGGGCUGAAUAAAUACAGCACAAAGAAGAAGAUGAAGAAGAACAAGGCAGUGCUGAAAUCCACCUCCAACCUUAUGAUGCGCUUCAAGAGUAUAGGGAAGAAGAAGAAAGAGGUCAGUGGCAACCCGAAAAAGCCCUCUUUCCUGCUGAUACGGCUGGGACUGGGAGGCGAGAAACCUAAGGAGGAGGGUAGGUUCUUCAGCAGCCUCUUCCGCUGGAGGAGAACGAAAGAGAAAUUCAAACCCUGGGCCCAGAUCCUGAGCAAAGCUUCUGCUGCCACCAGCUGGCUGACAAGAAAGUUCCUGUCCAAACGGGCCAGGCUUACCUACAAUGAGAGGUCCAUGAAUGAGGCCUGGCUGACUAGGAUUGGAGCUAAGAAACUCCCCUUCCCGUCAGAGGACGAGAUUCUGAGGCACCGAGCCAACUUGAAAAGGUUCUCUGGAGCCAGGAGGCUCUAUGGCCAAGGGAAAGAGGAAUAUGGCUACCAGCCAAAUUUUGAACAUGGCGGCCUUGUGAGGCAGCCCUCUGGGAGGUUCUCACAGCCCAGGCCAAGCAGGUAUGAGGGCCCUGCAGUACCACUGGACUAUUACAACUGUUACCAGGAUGACAGCAGCUUUUACGACCUGCAGGCCCCAGCUCAGUAUGGCUACCCUGAGGAGGAAAGCUACCUCCAGGCACCGACUGACUAUGCAGACGGACACGACUUUCGUAACAGAAGGGUAUCUGGUUACGAGGACUACCCUGGAUAUGAUAUGGAAGAAGAAUACAGGCUUUAUGAAGAGCCCAUGGACUAUGAUGAUCCGCUGCAAAACCAGUCUGACUACUAUGACUAUGAAGACCAGGAUUAUGAGUUACCUUCUGGCUAUUCACCAUACGAACCCUAUGACCAAUAUAGGAGCGAUGUGGAUUACUAUGAAAAGCAAACAGGGCCAUACGGCUCUUCUGAAGACAAAUAUGGUCCUUCUGGAGGGCCCUACAACCUGAGGGUAGAUGAAAUGGGCUAUCUGUAUGAUUAUUCUCCUCAGCAUGAAAUCAGUUACAGUGAAUACAAAUGGGGCCUUCCAGCUCAGCUUUCCUAUAACCCUUAUGCCUAUCCCUUGGAUGAUAUAACGGAGAUGGAUGAGCCAGAGGAGUUGGCAGAUGAGAAUGGAGAUUACCCCUUUAUGUUCCCUAAUUCUUCCUUCUUUGAGCAGCAGGGGAUCGAGGAAACGUUGCCUUCUAAACUGUCGUUUAACAGGAAGUUCAGGCUCUUCCCCAGGCCUCAGGUGAAGCUGUUUGGCAGAGAUAAACUUGAUGUUCCCCUCCCUCCUUCUCCGCAUAUAUCCCUUGCCAGCGUGGAUCAAGAUGAGGAUGACUACGGUGAAUACGAGCCGCUGGCGUCUUCCUUCACCCAGUUCAGCAAUGGGGAUCCCCCACCUUCAGUGACAUACUGCUAUGUUGGCCAGGCUCAUGGGAGCUGGCUUCCAGGACCUCACUCUCCAAAGUCAAUGGGAAGCAGGUUUGACCCUGGUGACCAGCAAGGCAAUGUCCAGGGGGCACAUUUGCAAAGCUUCCCUCCGCGAGGAUGUGGGAGCCCCCUAGGGCAGUUCUUACAAAAAUCCCUCACGCAACCAAAACCCAUUUUAAAACACCGUGGGAGCGAGGUGAAGGGCAGGCCCCCCACGCCCUCUCCAGUAAGGAGGGCAACAUCUUUGUCAUUUGGUGAGAGCGGGCCUCUGAGGCCACCAUCCCCUCAGCCAUCAAUUAGACACGGCGACAUGCCAAGUUCCACCUCUUCCCCGAAACUUAGCAGGCAGCUUAGGAGUCCAGAGAGACAGAGCUUUCAUCACCCUUCUCCACAGCCCUCUGUAAGAUGUUUUGACAUCCUCCAGGAGAAAGCACAUGACCAGCAUCCACUUAUUGAGCCUUCCUAUAAAAAGUUUGGCCACAAAUUAGCAGGGAUGGAGACCUUAGACUGGGCACCUCUCUUGCCUAUGAGGAAAUUCGAUUACACAGCCAGGAACAACAACAACUCCCAAAGGCCUCCUUCCGCUCAGCCUUCCCGGAGGAGCAUCUCCUCCUCUCCACAUCCUUUAAGGAGAGUAGGAAGCAGAAGCAGUCUGGAGCCCCUCAUGCCACCAUCUCAUUCUUCUGUGUGGCAGAGACCACCUUCUCCAAAACCCAGUGUGAAAAGGCUCAACUUUAACCAGCCACAGCCGGAUUUUCAAAAGCCAGAGACGAACAAACCCUUUCUGCAGCGGUUCAGUAGCCACAUGACAGGGAAGUCUCCACAGCUGCCCUCUUACCAGCCACUGAUGAGACCCAGAAGUCCCCCUCCCUCACCACGAUCCUCUCUGAGGAUGAAGAGCCCACCUGCUGCUCCCCCUCCCUCUUUGAGGAGACCACGGUCUCCAGUGGCCAGAGAAAAGGUCUCCUCUUCCCCUCUGUCAUGGAGACAAAUCUCCUCCACAGCUGGGAGCACAGCACCUACAGAUUCCACCUCUCAGCCCAUGUCAUCUCCUAGGCCAACAGCUCAUAACCUAUUCGUGAGUCAGAGGAGUUGGUCUCCACAGCCUGUGCUAAAGCAUGUCAAUAGCACAAGGGGUGAGCCAUCUUCCAGCCUGCCGUCCCCACAGCCCACCCUCAAAUCCAGCUCAUCGAGGCUUCAAAUGUUUGGUUCAAACCCCCAAGGCACCACCCCAGCUACGCUGCCUGGGAUCUUAGCCUCUCCAGGGCUCCAUAAUCCUGCCCCUGGGGAGCUGAAAGCACCCCCUUCACCUCACCCAUCCCUGAGGCAGUUUGGGUCUCCUCCUGAGGCAAGGUCCCCUAGCUUUUCAGCCAGGGGUGCUGGGAGCAGACAACCAUCUUCCCCUCAGCUAUCAAGAAGACUGUGUCACUCGCCCGUGGAAAUGCACAGGUGGCUCCCCCAGGCUUGGAACAGGCAGCCUGAGCCCCCAACUAAAGCAGUGAAGCCUUUAAUGAGGAACUCGUUUCUGAAGCAGUUGGGCCGUCCAGCAGGAGCUCAGUCUCCCAUCCCACCAUCCCCAAUGCCAUCCGUCAGAGAUGGGCUGCCUCCCCAGGGAUUGGUGAGAACACCCUCCCCUCAGAUGCUGACACACCAAGGAAGCCAUCGUAUUACCAUCAAAGACUCUCCUAACUUUCUACCUGGCAGGUCCCCAUCCCUCAUGAAUGCUAAUGGGCAGAGAGGGCAGCUGCCUGCACAGCCACGUUGGGACGGGGCUUCUGGGAACGAAAUGCCAGGUCAGCGAGCUCCGUCACCCAAGAUGGCGGGAGGCGGAAGCGUGAGGAGCAUUUCCAAGCUGCCUCCACCUCCCAGCCCUGCUCCUGGGAUCCCUAAGGCAUUUAUCAAACGCAUUGGUCAGCCUCUGGCUGGGAUGAUCCAGACCCCUUCCACCAGGAGGCCUUCUCCUGCAGAAACCAGCAGCAUGCUUGUGGACAAAGCAGGAGGUGGGAAUGCAUUCCUGAAACGGUUUGAACAGCCGGUGGCCCGUCAGAUAUCAGGACCCACGGCUCUCAAAUUCUCAGUGAGAGAAGGCGAACAUGUAGCCCAGGGACAAUGCCCACCAUCACCGACAGAUCCUAGACACCCCUUUGGUAGACGCCCUUCUCAGAAGCCGGCCUCCCCUGCUCCGUCCCUAAAACAUGCUACAAUGCCAAUGGGAGAAGCAAAUAGGUCACGGUCACCUACCCCAAACUGGGGGCAUAAGGUUCCGGGUGGGAACUUGUCUUAUCCUGCCACCUGCAGCCCCCACGCUGUGCUGAAAGGCAAAGCAAAUCUGGGCCCUCAAUCUCAAAGAACUGUGGCCUUCAAAGGCCCCCAUUCUGUGACGGGAGCUGGCCGCUUCUUUGCUGGGUCCCUAUCCUUGCAGGAAGCAUGUAGCAGACCAGCAAAACUCCCCGCUGAGCUCUUUGAGAACGAGGACAUGUCAGGAGAGGACGGUGCAGGGAGGUAUGCCGUUGUCAUGCCGCAGGUCCAGAGGCUGGGCUCCUUCAGAAGGAUGUCCUACAUGCACAAGCAGCACUGGUCUAAGCAGCAGAUGGUGAACAUCCGUACGUCACCCAGCGCGUGGUCUUCUGAGAAACUGCUUCAUAAUCCUCCCACUGAGAGCCUGAACAGGUGCUCGGGCCGGCGAGGAGACAGCACUGCUAGGUACCUGACCCACAGAUCCUCAGUGCAGAACCAGGGCAAUGGGAACCACUGGGAGCAUGGGAACAUGGGCAAGAAAUUGCCCUGGCACAACCAGAUGCACUCCAUCCGCAACCUGCCAUGCAGGAGCCCCCGAGAAGAGCCGAAGGCAGAUGGCGUGGAGGACAUGACUCAGCUGCAGGACCUCCAGGAGGGGGCAGUGCUGCACAACAUCAAGACGAGGUUUAACCGCGAGUUAAUCUACACCUAUAUAGGCAGCAUCUUAGUGUCCGUGAACCCCUACAAAAUGUACAACAUCUAUGGGACGGAGCAGGUGCUGCAGUAUGAAGGAAGGGCGCUGGGAGAGAAUCCCCCACACCUUUUUGCUAUUGCAAACGUCGCCUAUACCAAAAUGAUGGAUGCCAAACACAACCAGUGUAUUAUCAUCAGUGGCGAAAGUGGUUCAGGCAAAACGGAAGCCACCAAGCUGGUCCUGCGUUACCUGGCAGCGGUCAAUCAGAAACGCAACGUGAUGCAGCAGAUAGAGAUCCUCGAAGCGACCCCCCUGCUGGAAUCGUUCGGAAAUGCCAAAACAGUGAGGAACGACAACUCCAGCAGGUUUGGGAAAUUUGUGGAAAUCUUUCUGGAGGAAGGCUUGAUCUGUGGUGCCAUAACCUCACAGUACCUUCUUGAGAAAUCAAGGAUCGUGUUUCAGGCCAACAAUGAAAGGAACUAUCACAUAUUCUAUGAGAUGCUGGCUGGCCUUCCCACUCAGCAGAAGCAGCAAUUCUGCCUUCAAGAUGCAGAAACUUACUAUUACCUGAACCAGGGGGGUAACUGUGAGAUUCCUGGCAAGAGUGAUGCUGAGGAUUUCCGGAGGUUGCUCAGCGCCAUGGAGAUCCUGAACUUCAGCACCGAGGACCAGAACAGCAUCUUCCGAAUUCUGUCUUCCAUCCUCCACCUGGGGAACGUCUACUUUGAAAAAUAUGAGACAGACUGCCAGGAGGUCGCAUCAGUGGUGAGUGCGAGAGAGAUCCGUGCGGUAGCCGAGCUGCUCCAGAUCUCUCCAGAGGGGCUGCAGAAGGCCAUCACGUUCAAAGUGACGGAAACACUGAGGGAGAAGAUUUUCACCCCCCUCACUGUGGAAAGUGCCGUUGAUGCCAGAGAUGCUAUUGCCAAGAUCCUGUACUCCCUGCUCUUCAGCUGGCUCACGGACAGGAUUAACAAGCUGGUCUACCCUAAAAAGGAGGCUCUUUCCAUAGCUAUUCUGGAUAUCUAUGGGUUCGAGGACCUCAGCUUUAACAGCUUCGAGCAGCUAUGUAUCAAUUAUGCAAACGAAUAUCUGCAAUUCUUCUUCAACAAGAUCGUCUUUAAGGAGGAGCAGGAGGAGUACGUCCGGGAACAGAUAGAGUGGAAAGAAAUAACCUUCAGCGACAAUCAGCCCUGCAUCGAUCUCAUUGCUCAAAAGCCACACGGGAUUCUGAGGAUCCUGGAUGACCAGAGCGCCUUCCCACAGGCCACAGACCAUACUUUCCUCCAGAAGUGUCAUUACCACCAUGGCUCCCAUGCAUUAUACACCAAACCAAAGAUGCCUCUCCCAGAGUUCACCAUCAAACACUAUGCUGGCAAAGUAACCUACCAGGUGCACAAGUUCCUGGAUAAAAACUAUGAUCAAGUUCGCCAGGACGUGCUGGACCUUUUUGUCAACAGCAAAACCAAAGUGGUGGCCAACCUCUUCUUCGGCCAUGCCCAGUUGGUGGCCCAGCAGAGGACCAUGAUGGGGAAGAACAGCACCGUCACCCGGCGGUAUAAAGCACCUACGGUGGCAGCUAAGUUCCAGCAGUCACUUCUGGACCUGGUGGAGAAGAUGGAGAGGUGCAACCCGUUCUUCGUCCGCUGCCUCAAACCCAACAACAAGAAGGAGCCAGCUGUCUUCGAGGCAGACAUUGUCAGCAGCCAGCUCCGGUACUCUGGAAUCCUAGAAACCAUCCGUAUCCGCAAAGAGGGCUUCCCAGUUCGCAUCCCCUUCCAGAUCUUCAUCGACAGGUACAGGUGCCUUGUAGAUAUCCGGCCUGGCAUCACCCCAGAUGGUGUGAGCUGUGUGGAGGUGCUGAAGAAGCUGUGUGCUGUGAGUCCCACCACGUACUGCAUUGGAGUCAACAAGCUGUUCAUGAAGGAGCACCUGUACCAGCUGCUGGAGAGCAAGCGGGACCGUGCCCUGCACCUGGCAGUGCUCACCCUGCAGCGCUGUGCCCGUGCCUUCUUCGUCAAGAAACGCUUCCGCUCACUGCGCCGCAAGAUCAUCCUCCUCCAAAGCCAGUCCCGGGGCUACCUGGCCAGGCAGAGGUACAAGAGGCUGAGAAAGAGGCUGAUCAAGUUCAGGUCCCUGGUGCACAUGUACGCGAAUCGCAGGAGGUACCUCAAGGUGAGAGCAACAUGGACGGUGACGGGUGUCUCUGUGCUCUGCUCUCAGGAGCUGACCAAGAGGGAGGUGGUGGAUGUAACGCACCUGCAAGUCCCCGCGGAGCUGGCGGGGCUGCUGGAGCUGGCAGCAGCUCAAAAGCUGAUGAAUGCUCAGUGCGUCGUUCCGGUCCCUGCGCCCAAACUGCAAACGAACUCCCAGCUCACCCUGCCGCUCGACAUCAACAACUACCCCAUGGCCAAGUACGUGCGGGUCCACUUCCAGGAGCCGUUGUUCGGGAUGCUCUCCGUGCCACUGGCAUCCCCUCUGACCCAGCUGGAGGAGAAGCUGGUGCAAGAAGCACUCAGUCUGUUCAAGCUGAUUCUGCGCUUCAUGGGCGACCCACACCUUGGUGGCACCCAGGAGAACCUGUUUGGGAACUACAUCGUGCAGAAGGGGCUCUCGGCACCGGGCCUGCGGGACGAGAUCCUGGCUCAGAUCGCCAACCAGGUGUGGCGCAACACAAACGUCAACAACGAGGAGCGGGGCUGGCUCCUCCUGGCUGUCUGCCUCAGUGGCUUUGCUCCCUCCGCCGGCCUGGAAAAACACCUGCUCAAGUUUGUUUCCGACUACGCCUUUGAUGGCUACAAGCCGGUGUGCCAGCACAAGCUGAUGCAGGCCAUGCUGCGGUCCCAGCUUGGCCCUGAGAUGGCCCGGGCCUACCCGCCAUCGCUGCUUGAGUGGACAGCCAACAAGCAGAGAGCAAGCAUGGCCUUGGAUGUCUACGGCUUCAACGGUGACCAUUUCUUCUGCCCCAUCCAUUCCUGGAGCACAGGGGAAGAGCUGGCAGGGGACUUGCUGAAGCACAGGGGGCUGACGGAGGGCUGGAGGGGCUGGUCCGUCUCCAUGAAGGAUGGCGCCCAGUGGGCCGAGCUGGCUGGCCACGAUUACAUCCUGGACCUCAUUUCCGACCUGGAGCUGCCCAGGGGCUUCCCCAAGCAGAAAUCCUAUUUCAUCGUCGCUUCAGAGGGGGUGGACAAGGGCAGUGGCACUGCCAGCGUAGUAUUCGGACAGGGCUUAGAUUCAGACGAGGAAGUCCCUCCUCCCCCACUGACGAAGGCCCCCACUGUACCACCUCCAAACACCCCUGACUCAGAUGGAUAUUACAGUCGUGAUUCCGACACCAUCAGCGAACCUCGAACACACAAGGGGUUGGAUCGUUACCUGGACAGUCUGUUUGACCCGGUCCUGUCCUAUGGGAAUGGGGACUUGGAGAAGCCAGCUGCUGUCUCCAGGAAGAUGAAAGGAGGAGGCCGGGUAGGCGGUGGGAGCAGCAAUGUGGACCAAGGCGGUGCCAGAGCACCCAUGGAGAUGCCCCAGCAAACCGGUUUGCAGGAGCCCAGCUUGGUGCUGCAGCACGACCACAUCAAGCAGCAUCAGGCUCGUCAGAUCACCGGGCAGGUGGUGGCUCUGCAGCAGCAGGCGGACGGCACAGCCUCUCCCAAGGCCUGCCAGGCCGCCAGCCCCAGCCCUGCCGAUGGAGCCCCCAGCAUAGUCCAGAGCACGCCUGGCGUGGCGCUGCCGCUGCGGAGGACAGCUGUGAGCGGGACACCUGCCAGGACGGCCGCCUUCGUCCAGAAAGCCGCUCCUGCCUCCAGCCUGCGGGCCAGCGAGCUGGUGCGGCCGGCCAAGCUGAGCUCGCAGCACUUCCCGGAGCCCACGCAGCACAUUAAGAACAUCAUUAAGCAGUGCCAGCGGCCGGCCAGGCUCCCCGAGCCCAUCAGGAAGGAAGGUGGGAAGGUCUUUGUGAAGAAGAUGAAUCCCCAUGAGGAGGCCAUGAUGAUCUUAAAGGGGCAGAUGUCAGUGGCGCCGGGCCCCGCAACAGCCGCUCCGGUGGCCAAGGAAGCAAUAGCCACGGUGAAGCCUGUUACCAGCACCAAGAGGCCUUGGCCGCCAUCACCAGCCGCCGUUCCCCCACCGGCUGCCACAGCCAGGUCUUCUCCAAUGUCACCUCCAGUCACGAUCUCCCGGGAGCUCCCAGCCGAGCAGGAGCAGGUCCAGACGCAGCUGCACCGGUGCUGCAGCGAGGAGUUCUACGCCUACCGCAAGGUGUCCUGGAAAAUAUACAUCAGGAAAGAGGUGUUCUAUCCAAAAGAUAACUUCAACAACCCCUUGUUGCUGGAUCUCAUUUUCAGACAGAUCUUCCAUGACACGCUCUCCGACGCCUGCCUCAGGAUCACCCCGGAGGAACGGCUGCGCAUGAAAUCUCUCUUCGCGGAAAACAAGCUGGAUUCGUUCAGCCCAGUGGCCGACGACAGUGUUAAGAAGGAGAUUGUGAUCGCGGCCCGGGAUGGCUGGGCGGUUUACUUCUCACGCCUCUUCCCCGCCACGGGCAGCGUUGGCACAGGGGUGCAGAUCCUGGCAGUGUCCCACACGGGGAUUAAACUGCUGCGGCUGGUCAAGGGCACCAACAUGCCUGGGGAGCAGCUACGGGUGCUUCGGGGCUACAGCUACACCGAUAUCCUGUUCGUGACCAUCCCCUCCAACCACAUGCUGGAGUUCAACCUGACCAACGAGAAGCUGAUCCUCUUCUCCCCCAAAGCCCUGCAAGUGAAGGCCAUGAUUGACUAUUUCAUCAUGGAGCUCAAGAAGGACUCGCAGUAUGUGGUUGCCGUGAAGAGCUAUGUUACAGAUGACAGGAGCCUGUUGAGCUUCCACAAGGGGGACAUCAUCCACCUGCAGCCGCUGGAGCAGCCUGAGAGAGACCACUGGCAUGGAUGUGUGGUCCGCAAGAAGGUGACGUACCUGGAGGAGCUGAAGAGGGGCACCCAGGACUUUGGGUGGAAAUUCGGUGCCAUCCACGGGAGGUCGGGGCGCUUCCCCGCUGAGUACGUCCAGCCCGUGGCAGCCCCAGAUUUUAUCCACCUGCCAGCGGACAGGAAAGAGGAGCCCAAGAACAAGCAGGGCAAGGUGGCGGCCUUGGCAGCCGUGGCAGUGGCCGUGGCCUCCACGGCCGUGGCCCAGGAACUGGACAGGAAGAUCGAGGUGUCCCCCACAGGCAGCGACUAUGCAGAGAGUGUGGAGAAGUAUGGUGGUGAGCUUCCUGGGGACAGUGCCCUGCAGGGCGGGCAGUUCCCCAUGCUGGAGUUUGCCAAGAAGCAUUUCCGGGAGGCGCAGAGGAUGAAGACGGAUUCCUGCAAACACAAAUCCCGGAAAGGGAAGGACUCGCCAGACGUAGCGGAGAUGCUGAAAUUCACCAAGUGCCCACUCCAGGAGUCGCUGAUCGAAUUCACCGACAGCUGCCUGAACAGAGCCGCAGCUGAGGCCUUCCAAGCUGUGAUGAAGUUCAUGGGCGACUGGCCUCUCAAGGGGCAGACAGAGCUGGAAGUCGUCUGUGCUGUGCUCAAGUUGUGCGCUGACCACGAGGUCAUGAGGGAUGAAGUGUAUUGCCAGAUCAUCAAGCAGACCACGGACAACACUAGCCCCAAGAUGGACAGCUGUCAGAAGGGAUGGAGACUGCUCUACAUCCUGACUGCCUACUACAAGUGCUCGGAGGUCCUGAAGCCCUGUCUGCUGUGGCACCUCCAGGAGACCUGCAGGAGCCCUGGGGCGCAGUUCCAAGGGAUCGCAAAGGCCUGCGAGCAGAACCUCAGGAAGACCUUCCAGUUUGGCGGCCGGCGUGAAUUUCCCAGCAGCAUGGAGCUCAAAGCCAUGGUGGCCGGCCGGAGCGCCAAACGCCAGCUGUUUCUCCUGCCAGGAGGGAUUGAGAGGCACCUGAAGAUCAAAACGUGCUCGGUUGCGCUGGAUGUGAUCGAGGAGAUGUGCUAUGAAAUGGGGCUGCAUCAGCCUGAGGCCUUUGACGAAUAUAUCAUCUUCGCCGUUACCAACGGAGGUCAGAAUGUCCACCCCUUGAGCAGACGGGAGUAUAUCCUUGACGUGGCCACGGAGAUGGAGCAAGUGGACAGCAGCUACAUGUUCUGGUACCGGCGUGUCAUCUGGACCCAGGCACUGAAAUUUGACAAUGAGCUGUAUGUCACCAUGCACUAUAACCAGGUCCUGCCCGAUUAUCUCAAGGGGCUCUUCUACAUCCUACCUCCCCUGCAUCCCAGCGAACAGCAGUGCCAGCAGGUGUCCAAACUGGCAGCCCUCCAGCACCGGGCCAAGGACAGCAUGUACCUGCCCACUGUCCGUGAGGUGCAGGGUUACGUCCCGCCCCAGUUCUGCCGAGCGCUGAAGGCUCAGUCAUGGCUCAACGUGGUGUUGCAGCAUCUGCCGCAGGUCCAGGCCCUGAGCGCCCACCAGGCCAGAGCUCAGUUCCUAGGGCUGCUGAGCGCCUUCCCCAUGUUUGGCUCUUCCUUCUUCUACAUCCAGAGCUGCAGUAACAACGCCAUCAUCUCGCCAUGCAUCCUGGCCGUCAACCAGAAUGGCCUCAACUUCCUCAACAAGGACACCCACGAGCUGAUUGUGAAGUUCUCACUGAAGGAGAUUCAGUCCACGAGGACCCAGCGGCCCAUAGCCGGCUCCAGCUACCCCUACGUGGAGAUCAUGCUGGGAGACUUGAUGUCACAGAGGAUGACGCAGCUGCAGCUGGAGCAGGGCCUAGAGUUGUGUCGCGUGAUCGCCACCCACAUGGAAAGUCUGUUGAACGCUCGCGAGAAGAGACUCACCCUCCCUCCCAGUGAGAUUACGCUGCUCUGAUCAGGCAUGUUACACACUCGCACACUCCCUCCCUAACCGCUACUUGAGUGAAAGCCAGCAUGGAGAUAAGCAAAUAUCUCCAUGUCCUGGGAGACACAACAUAGACUAAAUAUAGAGACUGAUGGGACAGAUUCCCAGCUGGUUCGAGUCAGCGUAGCCCCACUGAUUUCAGUGGCCUGGGUCUGACGUACAUCUGCUGAGGUGCUGGGACGGGGGACUUACAGACCGUAUGUGAGGUCUGAGGAGUUAAGAGCGUGGGGAAUGCAGUCUGGCCAGUUAACAGGCGAACACAGAUGCCUUAAUUUCUGUUUAAUAACUGCCCUCCUGGACAUAGGUCAUGACCUUUUUCCAGAAUCAGGUGUAUUUAAUCCAUUCUUUUAGUAGCAACAUAUUAACUGAUUGUCCUUGAGCAGGACACAUCCAGUUUUGCACAUCUGCCUGUACCGAGGACCCAGCAAUCUAACAGUUUGCAUGCUGCAUACACUGGAUGGUUUUUAUUUGUGUUCGCUCCCGGUGUUUUGGUCUUGUUUGUGGAUCUAAUUCUCAUUUUUAUAAGUGUCAUUGGCACCUGCAUUUGUAUACUGGUCCGUAGUGCUAGCCCUGUAAAUGGCUUCCCGUUUUUGUAACGUUUUGCACUCAACAUUGCUUUGAGAUUUUAUUUUUGUUUCUAAUUUGUGCAAAAUUAAAAAUUCCUUUUAAGUCCAAAGCCGCCUGUUGUUUGGGUGUGCUGGUUUGUGCUGGGGAACAAAGUUGUUUCUCUUUCCUCAACCCAGGAUUUGUGUAGAGCAGGGGUUCUCAAACUUCAUUGCACCACGACCCCCUUCUGACAACAAGAAUUACUACAGGAUCCCAGGAGGGGGGACCGAAGCCUGACUAGACUAAUAUUUACAAUCGUGUUCAUAAAUUGGCUGUCAGUUAAAGCAAGUUAAA